AUUGGAACUGGAAAUACACUAAAAAAUGCUGAGUUAUUCUGAGCAGAAAAACUGAAACAUUCUGACCAGGAUGGUUUGACCCAGUCAUACCAGAGGGUCCCUCCGGGGCUGCAUUCCCAAAGAAUGUUUCUGUUUCAGCAUAUUGGCAUUUUCCAGUGGAAAGACAUUGGCUGGAAACUGUCUGGCCAGUCAUAAUGCUAAUGAAUUCCCCAAAGUGCCCUGGCUUACAUCUACUUCCAGCUCCUUGUCUAAGCUACAGCUGAGCCAUGGGUGAGUGGAGUGUAAAGGAGUCCCAGCUGAUGCUAUAAUGUAAAACUGCUUGGCAGCAAAUACCAGCUUGGUCUUCUGGGGUUAAUUAAUCCCUUGUUGGGCUGAUUAGCAGUAGUCACUUCCCCAUGCUCUGUGUCUACAGGACACAUUAUAGGCUGGAUACAGGGCUCUGCACCACUCUCCAAAGCCCUGCCCUGCCCACCUGCUUUCCACUGCAGGAUGUAGCUGCAUGGGACCUGUUCUGGGUCCCCCAUUCCCAGCUGCUUGCUGUGGGUAGGGUGGGGAGGUAGGUGCUCUUAGUACUAAAUCUCUGGGCAACAGUGCAGAGUGCCUUGAGGGCAGCCAUCCCUUCUGCUCUGAGAGCCAUGCCCUUUAAAUAGCAAACUCUGGAACAGUGACAAUAAGAGCUGAAAGAUCAAUGCAUUGGGGAGGAGGGGGAGUGCUGGGGCCCUGGAUGGGCUUCACCAGUAGCAACCUGCACCUUCUCUGCUAGAGACCCUCCUUCAGUGCCUUCUGUAAUCCUUCAUUGGUGACACUUGCCCCUGCUAUGCAGCUGGAGGCUACAUCCAGUUCUGACAGUCCAUUCUGGCUUCGCUCCAGGCUCACUGCAGCUACUGUAUAGAAGGAUUCUUUCCCAUACUGGACUGAGCAGAAUUGCUGAAUUGCAUGUUAAAUUAAAGCAGAGUGCAAUCCAGUUUGUUGCAGAACUCUUGGCUGGGUGGUGGCAGUGGGGGCAGGUGACUUGCUCACCUCUAUGGAGCACCAGAAAAAGGACAGGAAUUAGGAAUGAGAAAGUACAGGCAGCAGAUGGGAGCAGACUAUGACAGACAGGAGGCAGGGGGGAUGGGAGCACCCAAGAUCUUCCUAUGGCCUGUCUAGUCUCUGUGCAAACAAGUUGUGUCUGGCUGCACGCCAUGGGGUGCCUGGGACAUGAAUGGCCCUUGCAGCUCAGACUGUUGCAAUUAGAGACCUUUAUCUAGCUCUGCAUAGUGUCCCAACACCCAUGGGAGGGAGGAGUUUGCACUGAGCUAAAGCUGCCAUGGAGGAUGAGGGGGGGAAGAGUCUGCUGGUGACUCACUCUGCUGGUCCCAGAAGCAUGUUAUUCCUUCACCAGAAAUGCUGUGUCUCAGGCUGCAGGUGCACUGACAGAGGCCCAGAGAGGAGGGUUAGUGGCAGCAGGUUUGGGUUGGUGUACAUUGCUAAUCCCACCUGAGCCCUUACCAGUGCACACUAGUCCAAACCUGUUACCACCCCUGUUGCUAUUCCUAUUUGGGCCUCAGACAGGGGCAGUGGCAGGUUUAGACUGGUGAGCACUAGCAGAGACCCAGAUGGGAUUAGCAGGGGCCAGGGCAGACUGAGGUGAUUGUAGCUAGACCUGUGCAGGGUACAUGGCCCCUGUUGGGUUCAGUCACCCUGAGACUUUGUGAGUUCCUCUGAGUGUGUGUCCAAAGGAGGGGGCAGCAACAAUAGGUUUCUUAUGUUACUACCAUUAGGGCAUUGCCCACUAGCUAGAGCCAGGAGCCUAGAGCCCCUGGAAAGGUGCCACACACCAGCUAUGCAGGCACCCUGCUCUGAGCUCUGCAGGGCAAAAGCUCACUCCUCCAUGCCUAUCAAUGGCAUCUUCCUAAAUCCUGUAACCUCAGGUGAUGCCUGAUCCCUGCAAGGUUCAGGGGAAGAGACCCAAACUCUGCUUGUUCUCAGCCUGGAAGGGACAGGGAACAAGGUUUUAUGUGUGUCUGCUUUCUGCUCAGUGUUACGCAUCUUUGUCAAAUGGCAGCACCUGUCCUCCAUGUGGAUGAAGUUCUGGAUCACCCCAGCACCAGCAGGAUAGUAGCAGCACCAGCAUGAGCAUCUAAAAGUAGCCCCUGCCAAAGGGCCACCUCUUGGAGCUAAAGGGCAGCCCUUACUGGAGUGGGAAGAGGGUACAGGCCUGGCUUGCCCUUGGUGUCUGAGACUGCUGUGGUCCUGUUGCUGAGGUGACCAUUUGUCCACUAGGCACUGGGCUGAGACCAAGCACGCUCAUUUCACCAGAGCUUAAUCACUUGCAGGCUGAGGAACCAGGCUGAGGCAAAAAGAGAGACAACUUUACCCUUAGCCCUGCUGCUGUCCGGAACCUGUUUCCAGAGUUGGGAGACCUGCACUGGCCCUUACUAGUGCAUGGCCACCUGUUGCCUUCUACCUCUAGGAGGAAGGGAGACCCUGCCCAUGUGAGGGCUCCUCCCUGUAGACCCUGCAGCCAGAGGUCAUGGCAAGGGGGGAUGACAUGGAUUGGCCCAUAUACCCUCUUGAGCUCCCACUGCUGGCCAGUGCCACUAAACUACAGCAGCAGACUCCUCUAAGAACCCCCUUUCCCCAGCACGCAGACUUCUAUGUAACACUGGCUCACCUGCAACAAAGGCCAUUCAGGAGAGGGCGACCUUCAAGUGUAAACCAGGCCAUCAGCCAACCUGCUAUGAGCUAGGGCCUGGCUUCAAUGGCUAAGCCUUAAAGGGCCACCAGCUGUCACUGGGGCCAUCUGUGCCCUUCUCCCCACACUAGCACAGCUGUCCUGUAUAACCUCAGCUCACCCGAGGUCCUGCUUCCAGGGUGGUCCCUGUGAAUCAAAUCCACAACUCCCACAAAUUUGAUCGGUGGCUGUGAGUGCCCAGACUCAAUCAGGAAUUCCCUGGGGUAUGCUUGGAGCUAAGGAGGUCUGAGCAAUGGCUUAAUGGCUGUGCCCACAUGUCCCUCUAGGGCUGCUGCUAAAUCAUCAAGAUAGGGACUGCACUUCAGCUCAGUUUGCAGCACUUGUGCCACUGGGGCAUAAGCCCUGCUCAUGGCCACAGGCUGUGCGUUGAUGAGUCCAUGAUUUGCUUACUCCGCUUUGCCUGCAUUCUCUAGCCUUUCUUCCCUGGGGCUAGGUACACAGUCAAAAAGCCUGAGGCUGAAUCAAUUCAGUCCUUACAGUCUAAGCUGCACAGAUUAAGUUGAAAUAGUAUUGGACAGACACUUACUUUUGAUUUAGGAAAUGCAGCCACAGUGCCUGCAGUGGCUCAGACAGAAGCCGGAGGUCACUAGAGUCUGGCUCUCUGGCUGUGUGUUCACUUCCUCUUCCUGCUUCCAGGUACCUCUGGGAUUUGUAGUCCAUAGUUGCAGCCAGCAGUAAGUUUGAGUGGGGAAGGGGUGUUUAACACCUCCCUCCCCCUGGCCCCAGACCCCAGCUGGGGUUUGCCUGGGUGGGAGCAGUCUCCCCACUGCAGACUAGGCUGCAUCCCCAGCCAGGCUUGUCUGCUCCCUCUCCCUCCCCCUUCCUCUUUCUCCCCUGUCAGCCAGCCCUCUCUGUUCCAGCUAGGGAGCAGAGAGGUGGGGCCAGCCCUGCUCUCUGGAGCAGACAGCAGGGCCCAGCUCAGGGCUGGAAAUCAUGCUGGGAUGCUGGGGGACUGUGAUUUAACUUGAACCAGGAAGGGGUCUGGGACAGAAGUUUCAUAAACCGGUUUGACCCAAAUCAGUUAAGUCUGAUGCUACAUUCAACCAGGUUUGUUUUAAACCAGUUUCAGCCAUUUUGAAACUGGUUUAUGUGCACUGAACUUCUGUUACAGAUUUAAACCAGUUUCUGAUCAUUUAAGUGGGUUUAUGUUUAACUUCUGUCCCUAGCCUGGCAGGCCACAUGUGCUAAAGAUGAGCACCUGUGUUGAUGUGCCCCCACUGGGCAGCACAGGGGUCAUGUGUCACCAGGUACUUGGGGAUGCAGCUCAGCCAUCUUGACCCAUGUGGUUCAAGUCCUUGUAGUGCUUGUCCAAUCAGCAUGCUGGGAGGCAGGGGGGAGGGAGGCAGCACUCAGUAGGACAAUUUACAUUAGGGUAUGUUACCUUGUGUGCAGAUGUACCUAGUUCAGCUGCAACCACAGCCACAGCUCAGCUAGGGGCCCCGAUGGGAUCAGGCACCUUUUCUGGGAUGUUCUAUCUAAUGCUUUAUGAGAUCUGCACAGUUUGCUGAGAAAUCCUUACAGGGCAGCAUCCUGCGGUCCAGCUGCAGCAGGCUCAUUUACCUCCAACAUAGGAUAAUACCUGAUGCGGACACAUGAUGUGUGUGUUUGUAAGGGCAAGGGGUGGCAUGUGGUACCUUAAGGAGAUUUCAGAAUGCCCUAACACAUACACUUCUUAGCCACCAAUGGUAUCAUCUACAACCCUUUACUUGACCUGUGGGAGUGAUCAUCCUCAACCAUGAGGAAUUGCUGUUCUCAAGCACAUGCACACACACCCCUUCCCUGUCCCAGUGCUGUGCAGAAGCUGAGGAGCUGGGAAAGUCUUUGCCAGCUGGGGUGGUGAGGGGAGCAGGGGGACCACUUUGCUGGUCCAUCACAGUUGCCCAUGCACGAUGUGCAUCACAGCCAGCGUUUGUCCCUGGGAGCUGGAUGUUUGUGAGGAGCAGGGCUUAGAAUUUGAGAGCCAGACAUGAACUCUGCAGGGCUGCACAUGUUGUAGGCUCCCUGUCUCCAGGUCUACGCAAAAGACCUGCUGUUUCUGGCAGUGGUGCUCUCACGCAUGAGGCUGCCCGGGCACACAGCAGCAGCUUGCCCAUGUUCAUGUGGAUCUUCAAGGGGUUUAACUGGCCCUGAUGAAUGGCAUGGCCUGUUAGCCCACCUGUUAGGCCAUGUCGACAUGGAUACGCUGCUCUGGCCCUACUACCACAUCUGAGCAGGGCUGUGGGGCCGAGGGCACUGCUGCUGGGUACUGUAAACCACCUGCAGACCUGGCUAAUCAUGGGGGAAGAACACAGCUUAUAUGUUCUUCCCCACAUGAUUACCAUGCAGUUGAAGACGAAAAAGGAAUGAGUGCAGUGUGCCAGAACCACAGCCCAUCCAGCCCAGCAUCUGCUCCCCACAGUGGCCAGAACAAGACACAGUGGGAGAAGGAGCAAAAUUGCCUCUGUAAGUACAAGUGUACUGAUCUACCCAUAGGAAAACCUGAUGACAGAAUGUGUUUAUUCCUUCCCAGUGCUGUUGGCAAGGGGCAACCUCCAAUGGUAGCUGUGUCACUGUUGUGGCUUUGGUGGCAGUGUUUGAGCACAUAUCUGCUGAGCUGUUUUCAUUUUGGCACAGUGCAUGAACACUUUGUGGAGAUCAUGGGGAGGUCAGGGAGUCAAACAGGGGGGUUCACCAAAAGCAUCCAGGAACGUCUCAAAGCUAAAAAGGAUGCGUACAUGCAAUGGAAGGGAGGGGCCAUCACCAAGGAGGAUUGUACCUCCAUUGCUUGAGAUUGUAGGGGGGCUGUUAGGAAGGCUAAAGCAGAGACGGAACUGGGACUAGCGACCUGGAUCAAAGAUAACAAGAAGUCCUUUUUUAAAUACAUAGGGGGUAAAAAGAAGGUACCAGGUAAUGUGGGGCCUCAGCAGGACACUCUAGGAAAUCUGGUUGCACCAGAUGACAAAGCUAACCUCUUUAACAAUUUCUUUGCCUCCAUUUUUCUCAGCAGGGACUGACCGGGUCAUUCCCCAUACCAGGAUCCCUGACAGACCCAGGGGAGGCACAGCCAGACCCAGGGUCAGUGAGGACUUGGCCAGGGAACUUCUGGUGGGACUAGACGUGUUCAAAACAGCAGGUCCUGACGAUCUCCACCCCAGGGCCUGAAGGAAUUAGCAGUUGUCAUUGCGGGACCCCUGAAACACUCAGUGGUAGCUGUUGAAUGGUUUAGCACUCACGCGGAUUGAUCGGCGGCCUACAGAGCACCCUCUCCAUCUGCAGCAGCCAGAAUGUGUGCAGCCAGGCAAUUCUGCACAAUGGCUCCCCAACAUGCUGAAUGUAGGCAGCACCAUACCCUGCCUCCCCACAUCUUUGUCUGGCCGCUGCCUCCUGACCAGGACUCACUGAAUACCUUCCCACUGGUCUCACAAAUAUGGUGGAGCACGCAGGCUGCCAGAAUGAACACCAUAAUGUUUUUUGGCCCCACCUCAAGCCUGUAGGUCAGUGACCACUGCUGUGCUUUCAGAUGGCCAAAGGUGCAUUCAACAGUCAUCCGGCAUUUGCUGAAGUAGUAAUUGAAUGCCAUAUUUUGCCAGUCAGUAACUUGUCCUCCAACUGGUGCACAACCUCAGGGUCCCCCAGCACCCACACCAGACUCUUUGUUUCAGCGAAUGUCCAAUUGGACCUAAACCUAUGCACCGCAGUCUGUUCUGUUCUCCCCCAAAUGUCAGACAUCUCAGAUCAAUAUGGGGUACCUCAGGGAGCUGUGCGCUCAGUUUAAAAGUCCUGAGGUAAUAGGACCAAAGGACGUUCACCCCACUCCCACCCUGUUGUUGCUGGGCAGUUUGGAUGACAGACAUGCUGGUGCCAGGCAAGGUCAAGGCAGGGAGGGGGCUGUGCACCAGUAGCAAUAUUGUACCUUAUGGGCAUAAUUGUUCUGGACAUCUUUUAGCAAUGCUUGGUCUUUUAGUCCUGUGAAUGCCAAGGCACAGUAGCGCACUACCUGUCAGGGCAUGGCACAACAGCAGGCUACCCAGUGACCCAUGUGCCAAGACACCGCUCCCAGUGGUACAUGGUCUGAACUGCUGAGCAGUUCAGACAUAGCCAGUGAGGGAAUGAAUGCUAACAGAACUCAUCUGCUAUUCAUAAAGCGGGCACACUUAAUGCUCAUGAGGGCUCACAGAACUGCACUUGUCAGGUUUACGUAAAACUGGUGAAUGAAUUAAUGGUGUUAGGGGGACAAUUACACUACAACUAGCCAAAAAGGGAUGUUUUUAAAAGGUGCAGGGUGGAGGGAGCAGGGGUUCCUCAUGGCUGUUGCCGGGCAAAGACUGGGGAUUUUUGCUGGGUGUGCAAGAGCUAUGCUCUGCAACUUUUGCAAGUUUUGGCGCCAGUCAGCAGCAUUCACCAGGGCUCCCCCUGAUGUCUUAAAACAUUCAUUACACACAAAUACCUGCAAAUUGCAGCAACACUUGGUGGACAAGGGGGCUCAGUACACAAAAGUUGUAGCGGCACCCGAUGGACAAAGGUACUCACCACACAUCACUCAGUGAAUUACCAUGUACACAUGAUAGAUUAAUGGCUGCACUGUUCCAAGUUGCGUCAUUACAAACUAAACUACAUUGGGACAGGGAUUCGUUUAUAAUGAUGCAAACUCAUUAAACUGCCAAAAACUCACACAUUUGUAAAGUGUGAUGUCAUUAAGCCACACAAAUGGGUAGUUUUCGUCAUGUGUACAAGUGCCCAAUGAGCCCAGUCAAAACCUCUCCAAAAGAGGCCUUGUUUAGACGCUACCACACUAUCUCAAAACCAAUUCAAAAGGAUGACAGGUCAAAUCCAGGCUCAUUCAGCUAGGGAUGAAAGCAGGGCACAGAUUCUGGCAGACCUUUACCUGGUAAUAAGAACACCAAUGGUUACUUUGGCUGAAACAAGAAGUUCCAAUGGGUAUCAAUCUCCCUGCUUCAGUGCACAACUCAACUACUGACUUGGGGGGGGGUCAGAAAGAAACUUCAUGUGUUUAUAGACAUGCUCAAGGACAGAGUGGGGGGAGGGGCACUUUAAUUAAAGCAGCUCUGAGAGCCACUCUAAUUAAAGCGCCCAGAGUGUCACAUGUAUCAAUCAGUAUCCCCACACUUAAAGAUGGUGGUGGAGGUGCUUUAACAACACAAUCAAACGAGCUUUAGUUAAAGUACCCCCGUCACCAUUUUUCAGGGUGGUGACACUGAUGGACAUGAUGCUGGAGUCUGCUGGAACACAAUAAUUACCACACUUGAUUAAUUUGCUCCAAUGCACUGUAAUUACAGCACAUUGGAGCAAUCUCUCUGCAUGUGUAUAGGCAGAGCUGUCCCUAGGGGGUGCGAAUCAGGGCAACUGCCCUGGGCCCUGCGCUUUGUGGGGACCCGCGGAGCUGGGCAGAGCAGUGACUCCACAUCCAGCCACUUGCUACCCCCACCCCGCCCCGGCUGCCACCACCACCUCCAAUGGCGGUGGCAGCUUCUUUGGGUCUGGGGCCUGUGGGAUCAGAGUGGGGGCAGGGCCUGGCAUGGGCUGAUUUGCCUUGGGCCCCACACCCUGCUCAGAUUGGCUCUGUGUAUAGGAGCCAUUCUUCUGUAGGCCAGGGCUACGUACAACCUCCUCCAGAGUUGCUGGUCCUGGCUGUGGUUCUGUUGCAGGGUGGCCAUUCCCAUCUGAACCUAUCCAGUUCAGGAAGGUACAUUGGUAACCACCACAGAUGCCAGCCAUUGGAGCCAUCCACUGACCUUACUACACAGGGCCCUGCUGUAUGAGAGCCACAGGUUUGUGCACUGGGCUCUGGAACAUGGUAUGGGGUGGGAGGGGAGAAACCACAAAGAUGGGGGUCAUGCCUGCCCAGGAACUGGAGGCUGUGGGGCACAGGACUCACCCUUUGGGACUAUGGCCCAGUCCUGUAGCUGAAGGGCAUUUUUGAGGCAGCUUCUAGCCGGUCUCCUAAGCAUAAGCCCUGAAAUAUUUUCAGGUCCUUGCAAAGACCCAUGUGUUCUACAGGUGGCAAGGUGGCUGUACUGAACCUGGGAAUGUCCUGCCCCUGUCAAGGCACUUGGCAGCCCUGGCCAUGCUUGAUGCUAUUUAGCAUCUGUGUGAGGGGCUCCAGCAAGGCAUUGCAGAAGCACUCAGCAUGCGUCCAACUCUGUCUCCCAUGAUGUCAGGGUAAAGCUCCUGCUGGCUCCAGGUAAAGCAAAGUCAUGUCAGUGCAGAAGGUGUUUGCAGAUCUCACCCCUGCUCAUCACAUUUUCACCCAUUCAGGAUGGGGCUUGUUGCUGCUCCCAUGGAGGUUGAUGAGGCAAUUGACUGUGAAGGGCAGCAACAACUGUACUUCAGUCUAUGCCAACCCAUGCCUGCUCACCUCUGCCUUUCCAGUUGCUUCCUGCAUGGAAGAGCUCAUGAGACACCCAGCCCCAGUUGUGUAGCUUGUCUAGGCCUGAAACACUGGGGUCUCCUGUGUCAGUGUUGGCAAAUCUCCACUGUUCUCUGUGCACAACACCCAGGGGUGUUCAGGGUCAGGUCCCAUGGCUAGAGGGGAUGUCAGCUCCUUACUUUCAUGACCUUUGACCAUGAGAUUGGCUAGUACCAGAUUCAGGAGGCUUCCAAGCCAGGAUCUGCUCUUGUGUAGCCAAGGGGAAGUGAAAGAGCCCUUUCCAAAGUGAUGGGUUGAAGAGCUUUCUUGUGUUGGUCUGGAGAAGGCAGAUCCUAACUAGCUCACUGGGGGCUAGGAGAGAAAGGCCCUAGAAGCCGAGUGCUGUCUCUAUGCUUCUCACUGGGAUUGAACAAGUGGGCCAUGUCCCCGGGGGCUACAAAGCUGCUGUUUUCCUUCAGCUCUAUCAUAUGGAGCCAGGGUCACUUGUCCAUUAUGUGGGCAGCCUCUCAAGAGCAAAGCACUGCCCCAGGAGCACCUCAGCUGAUGAGCUGCACAUGCUCCACUGUGCACUGAGCACCUUGCCGUCACCUCCACUCAUCUUCUGUCUCUUCCAGACGCCUGGGAACUCUAGCUCAGCUCAGCACCUGCACAUCUGGGCACAGUUCCUAGUUUAUCUGUUCCAGACACAGGGGAGUCUAGAUACCAUGAGGGAUUUGCUCAGGUCCUGGCACAGAUGGAGGGGUGUUCACCUGACCUGGAUGUGCCUGCUCUCCUCCAUGCUGCACAGCAGAGCCAAGGUCCUAGAAAAGACCUUUGAGGGGUGGAUGCGCUACCGUGAUGAGUGCCUGGAGAAGAUAGCUAAUGAUCCAUACCCAACAGGUCCCUUCUGCAACCGGACAUUUGACAUGUAUGCCUGCUGGCCAGAUGGGAGCCCCGGCACUAUUGUCAACGUGUCCUGCCCUUUCUACCUGCCAUGGUUUGAGAAAGUGAAACAUGGGAUUGUGAGUCGCCAGUGUGGGCCUGAUGGGCAGUGGGUGCUGGUGAAUGGCACGCAGCCGUGGAGGGACUACUCGCAGUGUGAGGAGGGGAUGGAGUCCACUACAGAGGAAAGUGUCCGUAAGCUGAUGGUCAGCUUCAAAGUGCUCUACACGGUGGGAUACUCCCUGUCGGUCCUGACCCUGAUCUCUGCCCUACUCAUCCUCACCAUUUUCAGGAAACUCCGCUGCACAAGGAACUACAUCCACGCCAACCUCUUUGCCUCCUUUGGGCUGCGAGCAAUUUCGGUGAUUGUCAAAGAUGCACUACUGGAGAAGAGAUGGGGCAUGGCGAUCAUUCAGGUGUCUGACUGGGAGGUGCUGCUAAGUAACGAGGCUGCAGUUGGCUGCCGAGUGGCUCAGGUCGUGAUGCAAUACUGCAUUCUGGCUAAUCACUACUGGUUCCUGGUGGAGGCUGUCUACCUGUACAAACUCCUGAUUGGAGCAGUGUUCUCUGAGAAGAACUAUUACACACUCUACCUGUACCUGGGCUGGGGAACUCCUGUGGUGUUCGUGGUGCCGUGGAUGAUGGCCAAAUACUUGAAGGAGAAUGCAGAGUGCUGGGCUCUGAAUGAGAACAUGGCCUAUUGGUGGAUCAUCCGCAUCCCCAUCCUGCUGGCAUCCCUGAUUAAUUUGCUGAUCUUCGUGAGGAUUCUCAAGGUGAUCCUGGCUAAGUUGAGGGCAAACCAGAAGGGCUACGCUGACUACAAGCUCAGGUUGGCCAAGGCCACGCUGACCCUCAUCCCGCUCUUUGGGAUCCACGAGGUCGUCUUUAUCUUUGCCACAGAUGAGCAAACUACGGGGAUCCUGCGCUACAUCAAGGUCUUCUUCACACUCUUCCUCAACUCUUUCCAGGGUUUCCUGGUUGCUGUGUUGUACUGUUUUGCCAACAAAGAGGUGAAGUCUGAAAUGAAGAAGAAAUGGCAGCUCUGGAAGUUAGACCACCCCAUGCUCUUCUGCACACAGUGAUGACAUUGGCACAGCACCCAGCACACUGCCUGAAACCCAGGAGAGAGCCAUGAGGAUCUCAAUUAUUAGAGGGGCAGACCAAGCCAUGACCUGCCCCUGCACCUAUUACUGCAUGGUAGCUGGUACCACACCUCUGCUCUGCUCGUGCCCAACUGCACUGGGGAUAGCAGAUGCUGUGUGCAGCAGCGAGGAUGACUUGGAGCACUAGCCAGGCAUAACGAGUGCUGUUACUGGUUGUGCUGGUAGUAGGGCAAAGUAACUGUUUUCAAAGCACAGCUGCACCUGAGAGCCUUGCAUACUGGCAAAGAGACUGCACUAGCUGUGAUAUGGUGGACACUGGGAUCCUUCAACACCAAGUCCCCUCCACUGCAGCUUAACAGCAAAUCCUGAGGCACAGUUGAGCAGAGGUAGACUCUGUUCUUUGAAAGACACGUAGCCAUGGCUGUAUUUUCUGGAGACAUGGGAGGCUCGUAGAGAGAACUCCUUUGUGCUUCACUGCAUAGCAGGACACCGAAGGCCCAAGGCAGAGGAUGGUGGACAGUAGGGCUGUGCAAAACAGCAUCGUCCUGUUUUGACUUACGUUUCAAUGGAACAGCAUUUUCAUUUCGAAUUUCGUUUAGAUUCAAAACUAC